AUGUCCACCUCUCUGCAUGAAUACUCUUCAAGCUUGGUUUUGCUCCUAAUCUUUACCUUGAUCUUCCUCUUUUUACAUACUGCCAUCAAUCUUUUAUCUAAACGGAAUCAUAAUUUCAAUUCUGCAAUGAUAAGAAAACCCCCACCUCCAUCUCCUCCAAAGCUUCCAAUAAUAGGAAACCUCCACCAACUUGGCACCCUCCCUCACCGCACUCUCCAUUCCUUUGCUCAAAGCUAUGGCCCUGUAAUGUUACUUCACUUUGGAAAGGUGCCAAUUCUUGUGGCCUCAACAGCUGAGGCAGCUCGUGAGGUUAUGAAAACCCAUGACCUUGUUUUCUCCAAUAGACCACAUCGUAAGAUGUUUGAUAUAAUCUUGUACGGUUCAAAAGAUGUGGCAUCUGCUCCAUAUGGCAACUACUGGAGGCAGAUAAGGAGUAUAAGUGUCUUGCAUCUUCUCAGUGCCAAAAAGGUUCAAUCCUUUGGUGCAUUGAGAGAAGAGGAAAUCUCCACAAUGAUGGAAGAGAUCAAGCAGGGCUGCUCUUCUUCGAUGUCUGUGAAUUUAACUGAUUUAUUCUCUACUGUCACGAAUAACAUAGUGUGUAGAGCUGCUCUCGGAAGGAGAUACAGUGGAGAAGGAGGGACUAAGCUUCGGGGGCCAUUGAAUGAGAUGAUGGAGCUGCUGGGUGCUUCAGCUGUAGGGGACUACGUCCCUUGGCUUGAUUGGUUGGGAAGUGUUAAUGGAACUUAUGGUAGGGCAAAGAGAGUGGCUAAACAGCUUGAUGAAUUUUUUGAUGAAGUUGUUGAGGAGCAUGUUAGUAAGAGAGGGCAUGAUGCGCAUGGUGAUGAUGAAAUGAAGAAUGAUUUGGUGGACAAUUUGUUGAGGAUCCAAAAAACAGAUGCCAUGGGGUUUCAGAUUGAUAGAACAAUCAUAAAGGCUUUGAUCCUGGAUGGGUAUUUGUUUCAGGAUAUGUUUGUAGCAGGUACUGAAACUAGCUCCUCAAUCCUAGAGUGGAUAAUGACAGAACUCUUAAGGCACCCAAUUGUGAUGCAGAAGCUACAAGGUGAGGUGAGGAAUGUGGUCAGUGGUAGAACUCACGUAACUGAGGAAGAUUUAAGCAGCAUGCAUUACUUGAAGGCAGUGAUCAAAGAAACUUUUCGAUUACAUCCCCCAGCUCCCUUGUUGCUUCCAAGGGAAUCCAUGGAAGAUGCCAAAGUGAUGGGUUAUGACAUUGCAAAGGGCACACAAGUAAUAGUGAAUGCUUGGGCAAUUGGAAGAGAUGGUUCUUAUUGGGAGCAACCUCUGGAGUUCAAACCAGAGAGAUUCUUAAAUAGUUCAAUAGAUGUGAGAGGACAUGAUUUUGAAGUGAUACCAUUUGGAGCAGGAAGGAGGGGAUGUCCAGGAAUAACGUUUGCCAUGAAUGAGAUUGAGCUGGUCCUAGCAAACCUUGUUCACCAAUUUGAUUGGGAAGUGCCUGGUGGAGUAGUGGGGGAUCGGACACUGGACAUCACUGAAACUGCUGGGUUAACCAAUCGUAGAAAAUGGCCGCUGAUUGCAAUUGCAUCCCAUCCUGCAUAA